AGGCUGUGACUCCGCGAAAAUUUCUAGGGUGGAAAGGAGGGGGUUAACUGCGUCUGUUAAAUUUUCAGACAUCGGUUUUAACAAAUUCCUCGGUGUCUCAGCAUCUCCAGAUCUUGACAAAGACAGUGAUGGCGGCACGCGGGGCAGCCCAGCGGCCAAACGGAGCCCCUCAGGGCAAAAUCUGCCAGUUCAAACUGGUCCUGUUGGGAGAGUCUGCUGUUGGGAAAUCCAGCCUAGUGCUUCGCUUUGUAAAAGGACAAUUUCACGAGUACCAGGAGUCUACCAUAGGAGCGGCAUUCCUGACACAGACGGUGUGUCUGGAUGAAACGACAGUAAAGUUUGAAAUCUGGGACACGGCAGGCCAAGAGCGCUACCACAGUCUGGCUCCCAUGUACUACCGAGGAGCCCAGGCAGCCAUCGUUGUUUAUGACAUCACCAACCAGGACACAUUUAGCCGAGCGAAAACUUGGGUGAAAGAACUUCAGCGACAAGCAAGUCCCAACAUAGUCAUAGCCCUGGCUGGAAACAAGGCAGACCUUGCAGCCAAACGUGCAGUUGAAUUAGAGGAAGCACAGGCAUAUUCAGACGAAAAUGGGCUCCUCUUCAUGGAAACGUCCGCGAAGACAGCAAUGAAUGUCAAUGACAUCUUUCUUGCAAUUGCCAAGAAGCUUCCAAAGACUGAGCAGACGACGGCAGCCAGUGGCGGGGCUAGUGGUCAGGGCCGCAGAGGUGUGGACUUGAGUGACCAGCAACAGCAAUCUGGCGGCUGCUGCAAGUGAUGCCCUUGUUACGGCGCUCACACCUCCUGCUGCCGCGCCCUUUGCUGCACGCAUCACCACCUCUUUGUACAUAUGCGGCAUGCCCAGAUAUAUAUAUAUAUGUAUACGGAGGAGGAGGAGGAGAAGGGGCUUUUGUCGGGGGGAGGGUGACACGACGUGGAGGUCGUGUGGCUGUUUUAAAGCGCCCUCAGAGUGAGGGCACGUCAGCUUAGCACGUGCAGGCCACUAGGACAGUGCAGAAUGAAAGAAUCUUGUUUUAAUGAAGCCAUCAUUCUUUAAUUUACUCUGCGGGGGGAAGGGAGUGGAGAGGGAAGAAAAUAUUGCAUUCAGUUUUUCCUCGUCCCCGUUGGACCAAAUGUUCCGUGGCACCACUUCUCUUAUCGUGCUGCGUCAGUUUGGGUGGUGAUCAGAAUUUCGUGGCUGUGCGGCUCGGAUUAGAUGGCCGGCCAUCAACCAAACGUAAUUACUUUGCAUGUUGGAGUGUCUGGAGUGUGUGUUGUGCAUAUGUAUGCUUUUUUUUUUUGUGAAAGGCUGUUUUGAAUGUAGUGUUUCCUUCUCGCUUCACUUCUUGUACUAGGGUGUUUCUCUAGUUCCUCUUUUGUGCUUUUUGUACGAUACUGAACUGUCGGCACACGCCUCCGGGAGUCACGUUAAUGGAGAACAGUUGCAUUCGUGGUACAUUGCUUUUCUGGCAUAAAUUUCUUGAAUUCUCGCAGCACGGGGAGUUGCCUUGAAAGUGUAUACAUAUACAUAUAUAUAUAUUACGUAUAGUUAAGAUCCACAAGGCAUGUGCAAAGGAGGUGAAAAAUGCCCAUAGGCAGGAGUUAGAAAAAAAAAAAUGGGAGGGUCUUUCGUUGGGACAAUGCGUGGGGGCUAGUGCACCACCGAACGUGGGAAAAUCGAGAAAGGUGGCUGUAUAAACGGAAGAAAAACAGCGAAGCGUCAGUCGUCAAAUGGCCUUUUUGCCUCUCCGAUAAACUUUUUGCAUUCCUUACUUUAUCAAAAAGAAAAAAAAAGAAAGAUUGUUGGUCCAUGACGAUUCCUUGUUUCUUCCCUGCUCUGUGUUUUCGUUUGUUAUUCUCGGCCUAAAUGUAGGAACGUAGCCACGGAGAUGCAUGGGGGAAGGGGUCUUGUCAGUGAGAACCACAGUAUUUUUACCCUUGUUUUUUUUUUUCUUUCUUUCUUGGGGCCGGGGGAUUAUCUUUCGAAUGCAAGUAAUAAUCCCGGGACUGUUGUUGACCUCUCGGAAGGAAUAAGUUUAUUGUGUAGGUUAUAUAUAAGGCUCUUGCUGUGUUGUCCAUAUUAAUGUAUGAUUAUUAUGCUGUACAUAACAUUUGAUAUUAAAAUAUAAAAUAAAAAAUUUCAAGUGCA